AUGGACGGAAUCCAGAGGUCCGACGAGCGAGCGGCCGACUCCGACUCCAUCAACCAGGCCAACGGCGGCGCCCCUAUUUCAAAUCUCAGUGCAGGCUUGAAGUCCGUGUCCCUUAGCGACCAGCAGCAGAAUGCCGUCAACUUGAACUUGCUACAGCAACAUCUCCACAACGAGACCUCGGAAAGCCCGCUUCUGCAGUCCAGAAUCAGCUGCUUUUUCGCCAACCAGCCCACGGAGGGGUACACGCUUUUCUCCCACCGCUCGGCGCCCAACGGCUUCAAGGUUGCCAUAAUAUUGCUGGAGCUCGACUCGCCGUUCAACACCAUUUUCUUGGACUUCAACUCCGGCGAGCAGAGGGCCCCCGAGUUUGUCUCCAUAAAUCCAAACGCACGCGUGCCCGCCUUGAUCGACCACUAUAACGAAAACACGUCCAUCUGGGAGUCCGGCGCCAUUGUGUUGUACUUGGUUUCGAAGUACGUGAAGGAGCGUGGCGACUGCCCGCUCUGGUCCAACAAUCUCGUGGAGCAGUCGCAGAUCUCCUCCUGGCUUUUCUUCCAGACCUCUGGCCACGCGCCCAUGAUUGGCCAAGCCUUGCAUUUCAGAUACUUCCACUCCUGCUCCGUUCCUUCUGCCGUGGACAGGUACAUUGAGGAGGUCAGACGAGUGUAUGGUGUCAUCGAGAUGGCUUUGGCUGAACGGAGAGAGGCCUUGAUCAUGGACUUGGACAGGGACAAUGCCGCAGCAUACUCGGCGGGCACCACCCCGUUGAGCUCCUCAAGAUAUUUCGACUACCCCGUUUGGCUUGUGGGCGACCGUGCCACAGUUGCCGACUUGUCCUUCGUUCCAUGGAACAAUGUCGUUGAUCGCAUUGGUAUCAACCUCAAAGUCGAGUUCCCUGAAGUCUACAAGUGGACCAAGUACAUGAUGAGACGCCCCGCAGUUGUGCGUGCGUUGCGGGGUGACUGA